AUUUGUUUACUUCCUGGAUUUCCUGAACAGCGUUUGAUGCAUAUGCCUGAUGAUGCCUGAUGAAAAAUAUAUUUUGAAACGGAUAAUGGCUAAAUAAUGUUUAGGGUUGAUUAUGUAUGUACACCGUUAAAUUUGUGUCAUAAUAAUUGUAAUUAACAUUAAUAUUGGUAAUCUUUAUGGAUUUUAUUUUUCUGAUACUGUAUUAUCGUUCAGGAUACCACAGUGGGGUCCCAUCUACUAUUGACGGUACCAGCGCCAGCUGUCAAUACAAGCUAGCAUUCUGCUAGCAUCCUGCUAGCUCUUUUCGCGAAAUAGACGCGUUAAUCAAUUUUACAACAUCACGGCUAGUAUCGUAAAUAUUAAUGCAAUCAGAUACUUAACCGAAUCUAUUACGUGAUGCGUUUAUGAAUUCAUGUUUGAUUUCUGUCUCGCUUUCGUAGGCUUGUACCCACAACUUGGCUAGCUAGCGUCUAGCUUGUUGUUAGCAGCAGACAGUGCUCUCGGUGCAGCCAGUUAUUGUUUUUGGUGCAGCCAGUUGUUCAAGAUCGGAAAUAUCAGAAAACAGACCAUUAAUUAAAAAAGAACAUGGUGCUUUACAAUCGGCUUAACUACAAACUGCCGAUUGAGAAUUCAAUGCCUUUAGAUUAUGCAUCUGUAAUUGUAUAACUAGAGCUUAUUAAUAUUUGAUUCGGUCGAUUAGGUUAGGUGCCUUUUUUAAUGCAUGUUACGUUAUGGAAAGAAUUUAGACCAUUAUCUAUUGGAUUCAAGAGAAGAUAUAUCUCCUACUCAGAAGAGCUACACCAUUUUACAGGAUAGCGUUGUUAUACAAUUAACCAUCCACCAUGGAUAAGAAAUCCUUUGACAUUGUCUUGAACGAGAUUAAAAAGUGUGUCCUGACCGACCAGAGGACCAAAGCCAUAGAGCAGGUGCAUGGCUAUUUCUCCAGCGAGCAGGUGAUGGAGCUUCUAAAAUACUUCUCCUGGGCGGAACCUCAGAUCAAAGCAGUGAAAGCACUUCAGCAUAAAAUGGUUGCAAUUCCAACCACCAAAGUUGCCAAUAUCUUAAACUGCUUCACCUUUUCAAAAGACAAACUGGUAGUCCUGGAACUGUUAGCACUGAACAUAUCAGACGCUGUAAACUACCAUCCGGUCGAAGAUCUCUUCCGUAUUCACCUGUCUGAAAAGAAACGGGCACGCAGGAUUCUGGAUCAGGUAUGCAAGGUGGGCUGCAAGGCUCCCAAGGCUAUGAUCUCUUCUUGCGGUGUGAUACCAGGGAACCCCUACCCCAAAGGCAGACCCAGCAUGAUCUCUGGCACCUUCCCUGGAAUGCCACCGGUGAAGAAAGAGGGGGAAAAGAAGGAGGAGAACCCUGCAGCCACAGAGGCCAAAGGAAUCGCCUCGCGGAUUAUCGGCCCCUUUAAACCGUUUCCGACGACCUAUAACCCCCAGCGGCCCGUGCCCUACCCUAUUCCCCCGUGCAGGCCCCAUGCCACCAUUGCUCCAAGUGCGUACAACAACGCGGGCCUUGGGUCUGUGGGAGGAGUUCUUACGGCCAGCAUGCCCCCUCCUCCCUACAGCGCCUCCCACAAAGUAGCAGGUUACCCCAAACCAGGCAACCACCUGAAGACCACCCCGGGGGUCGAGAGCGGACCCCUGGUUAUCCCCCAUGGCUCCACGCCCACCACCCCUGGCCCCCAGCAGCCGCUUCCCUCCGCACCCAUCACCCCCGUGUUCCCGGGCAUGGUGCCCUCCCAGAACCCCAGCACGCCCUGCCCCUCGCCGUCCCCCUCCCCCUCCGUCAUCAAGGGUGGGCCGCCGACACCCGGCGCGUCCUCCGUCAUCAGGACGCACACGCCCACGCCACAACCCGGCAGCUUCUCCCCGUCGCCCUUCCACACGGGACACUCCCGCUCGGACAUUCCCCCUAACUCCAGGGGCCCGGAGUCCCACCCGCAGUCCAGCCCCAUGGCCCAGGCCCAGCACAAGGCCUUCCUUCAGUCACUGGACCCUCAUUCAGGGCCUGCCUUCCAGGGCAUGCUGCCACAGCAGGGCAACCCCGCCGGGUCGGUGAUCCGCAGUUACACCCCCUCUGGGCCGUCGUCUCUGAUUCCCGGAGGCGCUGUUCAGGCCGCCGCCGCCGCCGCCGCGCGGGGCCAGAGCCCCAGGGCGUCCCCGGCUCACAUGGCCCACUCCCAGGCCGCCCUGAGCCCCGCGCUGUACAGCGACCAGCAGCGGACCGUCCUCAGCAGGCACGCCGGGGGCAGCGGCAGCAACAGCCCCGUGCCCUCCGCCUUCAAGGGCGCCUCCCGCAGCGGCACUCCCUCCGUCGGCUCCCUCGUGGGGCCCGGGUCGGCCCAAGCGGCCCAAGCCGCCCUGGCCCGCUCCCUCGGUCUCUCCCACCCCUCGGCCUCCCCCCAGGGCUCCCUCCCCAGCCCGGCAGCCAUGGCCGGCCUCCACGCGUUGUCCUCCAGCCCGGUGCCGUCACACUAUCCGGGCCUCUCCCCCUUCUCCAUGGCCUCGUCCCUGCCUCCCUCGUCCCUCCCCUCCAGCAUGUCCUCCAUGGCUCCCUCCAUGUCCAACCAGUCCCAGAACCCCAUGUACCCGGGCCUGGCCCCGGGAGGCGGCCCCGCCGGGGGCUCUCCCUUCGGCCUGGGCCUGACCAGCGCCCCCUCCAUGUUCACCGGCCACUCCGCCUUCCCAGGGUUCGGGGGAUCGGGGGCAGGCAGCCCGGUGUUGUCGUCCUUCAUGGGGCUCCCGGGGGCCACGGCGGCCUCAGUAGCCUCAGUGUCGCCCCUCCAGGCGGGGGGCGGGCUGCCCUCCUCCUCGCCCGUCCUGCCGGGCUUCGCCUCGGCCUUCAGCACCAACUUCCAGCCGGGGCUGGGCGGUGGGCUCCAGCCCCCCGGUGGAGGAGGCUUUCCGGGCCUGCUUUCCUUCCCCGGGGUCCCCGCCUUCUCCCCCUCCGGCUCCCCCGCCUCCCUCAGCGGCCUCCACAACCCGGCCAUGCAGUCGGCCCUGAUGCAGGCUCACCCUCAGUCUGCCCUGGAUGGCUACCCUCCACAGCCCAACGGCUACCCCAGCUACGGCCCCGGCUCAGGGAACCCGUUCCCCAUGCAACCCGGCCUGCACCCCCAGCUGGGCUGGCAGUGAACACACACACACACACACACACACACACACACACACACACACACACACACACACACACACACACACACACACACACACACACACACACACACACACACACACACCACAAUAUCAACUUUCACCCCAUAAAUCCUCUGUUAAUAGCUUUGCCUUGGACAAACACACAUAUACAUACACACACAAAGGCGCACCCAUGCAAUCACACAACAAUAGGUACAAACACAAACACACUAGUCACCAGGCUUCCCUGAGAUGCCUCGUGGUAGUUCAGACCUGAACACGCUUGUUCAACACAGGAUGGAAACAGAACGGCUAGCACUGAAACUGCCCAACGUCAUUGACUUUGUUUACCCUGAACAAAAACUAUGGAAUUCGUGGAAGUUGAUGUUAAAAAAAGAAAAAGAAAAAAAGAAAAGCCAUGUUUGGCUUUUUCAUGGAUUUUUCAUCAUGGAUUUUGACAAGAAGUGAGACGAAGCCAUUCCAAGGAUGAACUGGUUGUGGCGAGGAAGGAGGGGUUUUAAAUCUACAUUAGAAUACAACUAAUGUAUUACCUCAUUGUUGGUCAAGCGACUCUUCUCUAGAACACCGUUGGUCAGGCUGCCAUAGCUGCCAAUGGCUAACGGAUGAUUUAAGAUGUUUCAAUAGGGCUUGUACAUUGCGAUGUCACAUAGCAAUGACGGCCACCAUUUUGUAGCAUUUGAGCAGUUUUCUUAAGUGAUUCAUCGUGAAAUUAGUCAUUAUGGGGUACCAUUGUCAUGUUUGUAACUGCCACAGCGUUUCUCAUUUGAGACUUGGUAAAACAACGUUCUCAGGUUACGGUAUAUUUCCAUUGAUUUAGUAUUUUACUGUACUACAACUCUGAGUCGUCUCGCGAUGGUGGAGAAUCUGCAACAAAAUAUAUCCCAUGAUGCAUUCUGAUGUACGAGCCCUAAACGAAAUGAAUGUUGCAUGUUACAAUAAAUAUUGAUUUAUGUACCCAGUUAAGAUAAAUGGCCCUCUAAAUUGACACACUUAAAAUAUAUAUUGAAAUAGCAAUACCUUAGGUAAGAUAAAAUAAUACCUAAUCCAAAAUUGCCAAAAUACGUUUAGCUUAUGGAUCCAGCCAUGUAUGUCGAUAUCCGACAACACAAGUCCGUAAAUGAUCGAGAGAGCGAGAGAUUAUGUGUUCUGUAUGGAGAAUGAUGUUGAUGCCUAGGUUAGCGUUGUGGAUGGUAAGGGAGAGUAGUGAUAAUCAUGAUCGAAAUUUUGUUUUUAUUUUUCAAACUUUUACUCCCACCAGUAAACCGUUGAUUGUUCAGCGAGAGGAGCGUUUGUGUUCUUGCAAUACUAUCCACAACCAGGGGGUGGUGCUGUGUAGGGGGGAGGGGGUAGUGUACUAGACGAUGCUAUUAUUUAGGUUUGUUUGUUGAAUAAACGGUUUCAUGUGUAUGAACCUGACUUUAUAUGUUUACAAAGUAAUUUUUACAACUGUGAUGCAACAUAUUCAAGGGUAAUAUACAGUGAUGAACUGUAGGUGUUUGUGUAUUUACUGACACUGAUUUCCUAAAUGAUGCAAUGAUUCUGUGAUGUAAUAGGGUUGUAUUCCUGAAAUCUUUUUGAGUUUGAAAUAAACUGUUCUUCUAAUAGGGGACUGCAAUACUUUAUUAAAAAACAUUGUUUAGCACUCAUUUUGAAAGAUCCAUUUAUCACAGCAGCUCGUGGAAAAAAUAGAUUAUUGAGGGUGAGCUCAAAGUGCCCCCAGUCUGUCAUGUGAGUGGCAAAUGUUGUCAUGUGAGCGAUUGAGUGGCGAUUCCAUGUCCGUAUUUACAACCCCAACUAAUUCCCCUGCCUAUCGGGUUUUACAUCCAGGUAAGAUAUGAUUUUACAACACAGGCCUAUAGCCUACAUUAACCCAGGGGACCUGAUCAUGUGCUUAAGUGUCAUCCACCAACCACACUUAUGUGACUCAACCGGCGCAAUUAACACAUCCUAUUUACUGGAAAUCAGGUAAGAAUAAUUGUCAAACUUGCUUAAAUAAUAAAAUAACAAUAUGUAACAUCUUAACAAUGAUAUGUCACACUACUGGCAUGUGUUUGUAUAUUUAUCUUUGAUUUUUAAAUGGGCAUAAUAUAUAUUUAAAACACAUACACACGCACACGCACGAUAACACACACACGCACGCACACACACACACACACACACACAAACGUACGAUUUUU